CGUGCACAAGAUCGCGCGAUCGAACGGGGCAAAAAACUGGCGAUAUAAAUUCCAACUUAAAAAGAGCUGCUCACCGCACAUCACGGACUCUUGAUCACGUUCCUACCGAAUAAACGGCAGCCAUGAUUGCAUCCGUCCCACGCGUCUGUGUAGUGGUGUGAUCGGUCCUUCGCAACUGCGUGCUUUCAGGUGAGCGAGCCAGCUCUGCGAGAGAUUCGAAAGCUCCGCUCAGCGGAAAGACUCGACGGAGAGACCCACUUUGGAUGCAAGACGGUUCGGCCAAGACGGAUACGUGGAAUUUCUCAGAACUGAACUGCUGGCUCAGUCUCUGAGUGGAAUGCAAAGGGCGCAUACACACCAUCUGUGGAGGGAUUUUCCUCAAGAAAACGCGUAACGUGGCGGAAUUUGAGGUCACGAAACACUAAUCAUAAUCGAAUUAGAAUCUACAUACACCACUCCAGUGAUAAAGUGUACUCUUCCUGUUAAGCUGCAGUGCGUGAGAAAAAGUGAUCGUGAGCGUGAAACUUGAGUGUGUACGAUGCUCUGUACCAAAUUAAGAUCCCACUGAAAAUUACCGUCGGGAAGAUGUGAAGUUGUGAUCAUGUGAAUAAGAGGAAUAAAUUGCUAAAUUGAAUUUGCAAGCCUUUGCCUUUCAACUGCAAACAUAAAAUGACAUCGUAAUGUGUGCAGAAGUGAUCGUGCCUUAAGAGUAUAUUUCUUUCGAGUGUGCCUGUUGUCUGGGCGACAACGAGUGCGAGUGUAAAAUGCCGUCGGUAAAAGCAUGAACCUACGGUGCCACUUUUUCUGCCUCACUCGCGUUACCAGUGCAAACCUAACUUCGUCUAGUGCGCCCUAGCGAUGUAUGUGAAAAGAAAAAGACCGCGUGAUGUGCUGCGUUUUUUUGUGAUAGAAACGAUCUAGUUUUUGCAAAAUAUGUCGAAAAAAAGUUGUAAGUUGCAUGUUGAACCGGAGAAAAAAGAUGGAUUAAGUGAAGUGAAACGUCGUUAGUGCUCCUUAUGCCUACAGUGCAAUGUGAAAGCUAAAGCUUGUGUAAGAUUUGAUGUUGAGAGCAACGCACUAAACCGUUUGUUAAACUAGUAUGUUAAUCCUAUCGAAUGCAAGGUGCGAAAACGUGAAUCAUAACCGAAAGAGAGAAGAUUAAAACAGUGCUUUAAUUAAAAACAUGAUUAUCAAGAGUCUAUCUUCAUCUUAUCGCGUCUAAUGUGUUGCUGAAGAGUGGUGGCGAUCGAAUAUCGCACAAUUUUAUUGCCUGUGGUAUCUCGGCGCACAGCAGUGUGCCGUGAGGUGUGCGCGUGCGUGUGUGUAUGUGAUUUUGUGUUUGGUGUGAACAGGCCGAAACCAAACAAUACAUCAAAAUGCGCCCCUCACCGGCAUUGUUGACGAUGAUGUUUGGCACCAUUUUCGGUGUGUUUGGCGCCUCGCUGAGUAAAUCGCUGGUGAACCAGGCGCCCGACGAGUGCCGGUGGGAUGGGUACUCGGAGGACGAUCUGACACUCCUGUGUCGGCUACGGACUAUCAACAGUGAGCUCGAAAAUACGAACUUUAGUGUGCUUCAUCCUGAGAAUACCGUUCGGCUGCGGUUACAGUGCAACGAUGGACUGUUCUUUCAAAGCAGCCUUAGUCCGGGAAGCUUCAAACAACUCACCAAGCUACAUUCCCUGUCGAUCGAGUAUUGCAAAAUCGCUAAUCUGAGCGAAGGAUCCUUCCAAGGGUUGAAGCAGCUCACCAACCUGACGCUGCGAACGCACAACACCGAUUGGUCGUCGAUCAGUCUGGACAUUGCGCCGCAAGUGUUCAACAGUGAGCUGUCCAAGCUGCAGAGGCUCGACCUCAGCCAGAACAACAUGUGGAGUGUGCCGGACGGAUUUAUCUGUCCGCUGUCGCGGCUUACCUAUCUGAACCUCACUCACAAUCGAUUGCGUGACCUGUCCGUGUUCCAUUUCAGCGCGUCAUUGAGUACGCGGCUGUCGAAGAAAUGUGGCAGCUCCAUCGUUACCCUCGAUUUGUCACACAACACCAUCGACAACCUGCCGCCUGCCAUAUUUUCCGGCCUUGGCAAGCUAACCGAUCUACGGCUCCAGAGCAACGGGCUCAACUAUAUCGCCGAUCGUGCAUUCGAAGGACUGGUAUCCUUGUCACGGUUGGAAAUUUCGCUCAACCGGCUCACCAAUCUUCCACCGGAGCUGUUUUCCGAGGCAAAACACAUCAAAGAGAUUUACUUGCAGAACAACAGUCUGAACGUGCUGGCGCCGGGGAUCUUCAGCGAUCUGAAGCAGCUUCUAGUGUUGGAUUUGUCGAACAACGAGCUUACCUCGGAAUGGAUCAAUCCCGCCACGUUUCGAGGACUAACGAAACUAAUUCUGCUCGAUCUUUCAAACAACAAAAUAUCGAAGCUCGAGCCCACCAUCUUUCGCGAUCUGACCAGCUUGCAGGUGUUACGAAUGCAAGAGAACUUCAUCGAAAGCAUAGCUGAAAACACGUUCCUUGAGCUCACCGCGUUACAUACGGUGAUUCUAUCCAACAAUCGGCUGUCCACCGUCGAUCAUUUCACGUUCAGUGGAUUGAAAAGCUUAACGCUGCUCUCACUAGACUAUAAUCGCAUUUCACGCAUCGAUCGUCAAGCGUUGCGCAAUCACUCCACACUUCAAGAGCUGCACCUGAACGGCAAUAAGUUGCUACAGGUGCCGGAUGCACUGUACGAUGUGCCAUUGCUGCGGACGCUCGAUCUCGGCGAGAACCACAUCUCGAGCAUCGACAAUGCCAGCUUUCGUCACAUGGCCCAUCUGUACGGCUUGCGGCUCACCGAAAACAACAUCGAAAUCAUCCGACGAGGCACGUUCGAGGCAAUGAAGUCACUGCACAUCCUAAAUCUGUCCCAAAACCGGCUCAAAACGGUCGAACAAUCGUCCUUCGAUAACAACACGAAGCUGCAAGCGAUUCGGCUGGACGGGAACUAUCUGACGGACAUUGCCGGCCUGUUCACCAAGCUGCCCAAUCUGCUAUGGCUCAACAUCAGCGACAACCAUCUGGAGGUGUUCGAUUACGCACUCAUUCCCACCGGGCUGCAGUGGCUAGAUAUUCACGCGAACAAAAUCACCGAACUUGGCAACUAUUUCGAGAUUGAGUCACAGCUCGCGCUGAGCACGAUCGAUGCCAGCUCCAACCAGCUCACCGAGAUCACCGGAAGUGCGAUUCCCAACAGUGUGGAGCUGCUGUACCUCAACGACAACCUUAUCUCGAAGGUGCAAUCGUACACGUUCUUCAAGAAGCCCAACCUGACCCGGGUGGACCUAUUCGGCAACAAGAUCACCACACUCGAUCCGAACGCGCUGCGCAUAUCGGCCGUGCCCGAUGACCGGCCGCUGCCCGAGUUCUACAUCGGCGGCAACCCCUACCAGUGCGAUUGCAAUCUGAACUGGCUGCAAAAAAGUAACAUCGAUUCGCGAACGCAGCCCCGGUUAAUGGAUCUCGAUAGCAUCUACUGCAAGCUGUUGUACAAUCGCGGCCGCACAUACGUGCCGCUCGUCGAGGCAAUGCCAAAUCAAUUUCUCUGCAAGUACGACACACACUGCUUCGCCCUCUGUCACUGUUGUGACUUUUACGCCUGCGACUGCAAGAUGGAGUGUCCGAAGCAGUGCACCUGCUACCACGACCAGAGUUGGAGCUCCAACGUGGUCGACUGCUCGCGGGCCGGCUACGAUGAUCGACUGCCCGAUCAGAUCCCGAUGGAUUCGACGCAGAUUUAUCUCGAUGGCAACAAUUUCCGGUCGCUCGGGAGCCACGCGUUCCUCGGCCGCAAACGGCUCAAAAUCCUCUUCCUCAAUGGGUCGAGCGUGGAAACGGUGAGCAAUCGCACGUUUUACGGCCUGAAGGAGCUCGAAAUUUUGCAGCUCGAUCACAAUCUGCUGACCGCGCUGAACGGGUUCGAGUUCGAGGGGCUCGACAGUCUGAAGGAGCUGUUCCUUCAGUACAAUCGCAUAGCGCAGAUCGCAAAUCACACGUUCGAUCAUUUGCACGGGCUGAAGAUCCUGCGACUAGAUCACAAUCGUAUCGUGGAGUUUAACGUUUGGCAUUUGCCGAAGCAGCUGAACGAUAUCAGGCUCGCGUUCAAUCCCUGGUCCUGCGAAUGUGAUUACGUGACGCGAUUCCAGGAGUAUCUCAAGACGUACGAUUUUGUUCGCGAUCGGCACAAGAUAAGAUGUGCCUCGUACGUAUCGAGCAAUGCCACUGCCAGUGGUAUGCACGGCAACGGCACAGUAUCCAACGCGAUCGCUAACUUCGGUGAAGAUGCGCUGCCCGAUGGCACUGCCACCGCCAUCAUCCCGGGCGACUUCCUGGUGUACUACGAUAACAGUUCCACGCUGUGUACCGGGGCCAUCCCACUCGAAAAUGUGAUCAACGGAAAUUUGACCUCGCGAAAAACCAUUCUCUCACCGCAGCCGAUCGAGGGCUACAUUCCGUUACUGGUAACCGGUCUUUUCGGCUUUUCUUUGGUGAUUAUUCUGACGCUGGUGCUGUUCGUGUUCCGGCAGGAAAUGCGCGUUUGGUUCCAUUCCAAGUUCGGUGUGCGCCUGUUCUACCGGAAUGCCGAUAUCGACAAAAACGAGCGCGACAAGCUGUUCGACGCAUUCAUAUCAUACAGCUCGAAGGACGAAGCGUUCGUCGCGGAGGAGCUGGCACCCAUGCUCGAGAACGAAGACCCGUCCUAUAAAUUGUGCCUUCACUAUCGCGACUUUCCCGUCGGUGCGUACAUUGCUGAUAACAUCCUGCAGGCGGUGGAAUCGUCCCGGCGUACCAUUAUGGUGCUUUCCGAGAACUUUAUCAAAUCCGAAUGGUGUCGUUUCGAGUUCAAGUCGGCACACCAUCAGGUGUUGCGCGAUAGACGUCGUCGCUUGAUCGUUAUUUUGCUCGGGGAAGUGCCGCAGAAGGAUCUCGAUCCCGACAUUCGGCUGUAUCUGAAAACGAACACCUAUCUCCAAUGGGGCGAUAAACUGUUCUGGGAGAAGCUCCGGUUCGCCCUGCCCGAUGUGCCCAAUAACCAGCGACGGCAGCAUCAGCAGAACAUCUCACUGACACAUUCAAACGUUCGCAAUAGCUAUCAACUUACCCGUGUUGCGCCAAACAACCGCACUAAUAAUCAACUCGCAGCUCAGCAUCAAGAUUCUCGAUCGCAGCCACGCUCACCCGAGUACCACUCGAGCACUGCGCAACCACUGCCGGGUCUCGCUACCGAGAUGCAAGCACAACAACUUCACAGUAGCCAGCAACAGCAGCAACAGCAGCAACAGCAGCAGCAGCAUCAACCGCAGUCCACACAAGCGCAAUUAAGAGCUUCUGCACCGCUGAACACUUCGCCCCGAACAGUUGGCAUUCACAUCUAGAAGCUUGCAGAGUGCCGUGUCUGUAAAUGUAAAUAAUAUAAAUAAUAGAAUGAUAUUCGAAGUCGUCUUAGACGUGUCCGUUAGAAUGCUGAGUUUAUGCACGCAAAUGAAAUUGUGAUAUUAACACAUGUAAGUUAUUUGUAAACACACCGAUCGUUGUUGUCAAGGUUUGAGAGCAGUGAGACCUCUUUGUGUUCUAUUUGCGCAUCAACGCAAGUUUGGAAUUGCAAAUAUUGAAUGUAGCUGUAAAACAACCCAUGGUGCCUUCCGCUAUGAAGCUCAGUUUAAGAAUCUACCCACACUCCCAUACAACAAUGCAAUAGAGCACGAAAGUCGUGCCAUUCUUCUAGAUGCAUUCAUCGGCAAACGACAGUACCAGUGCCAUUAUUGAAAAAAUGGUGCAGCACUUUUUUGGCUACCAAAACUAGGCAAAGCAUUUACUCACUAUGAUUACCUCUUUCAUCCUUUUCACAUGCAAUAUAACGUCCAUCUUGUAAUGCUACGGCACGAAAGAAACGGCACCAGUGUCUGAUCCUAGAUAUUAUCUUGUGAGCAAUGUACGUAUGACAGCAGACAGAGAGAAAAAUGUUGCUAUUUUAGACAGUGUAAACCAGCCACUCAAGAGGAGAUUUUUGUUUUUUAAUUCGUCGAUCAUCAACACGUUGUCGAUGAAACGAUUCAUACGUAGUAGCGCGAAAAGGCAAUAGGCUGUUAUUUGCUCAUAGAUUUUAUACUUUAUCUAGUCAAAAGCACACAAGAAACAAACUGCACAUAGCAAAUGAUACUAAAACCGAUCGAUGAUCGGACCCUCGUGUGCACAUUCAAAAAACCUUGUACGAAUACUCCAGCAAUGAAAAUUGUUAACUUCGAUUAGUUUUUAGCACAGAUACUGCUUAAACGAAAACAAUUCCUACUACUAACGUAUGCAGAUAAAGACUGAUUGGACUUAAAUAUUGGAGCAAUACAGUUGACAUAUUUUAAUUCCAUCACUAGCAUGCGUAGGACAAAUAUCCAUCUCCGAUUCCGGUAAUUCAACAAUUAGGCUUUAAAGCAAGCUACAAACACAACUGCAACUGUUUUCCUAGCUUUGUAUUACUAAUAAACCCAGAUUUUUUCUACUCCAUUAACAUCAAACAAUACCUUAACAACUCGAAUCGAUUUGUCCUACGCUUCAUCAUAGUAUAGGCGAUAAAUGCAAUACAAUUAGUAUGAGUGAUAGCUAAUAAACUCUUUCCAUCCCAACUAAUACCGCUGAUAACGACAUGCUCUUGGCUCACAACAAGCUCUAGCUAAUUACGUGUAACAACUAGGGAAAAUUGAUAGAACGUUCGUCUGCACGUGGAAGCAUUUGGCCGGUAAAACAAAUCACUUUCCUUCACAGUUUUAUAAACGGAUUUCAUUUUCAAAGUUUUAUGAAGAUUCCUUCUCGUGACUCGUAAAUAAAUUAUUUUUUGGCGAAUCGUUUCGCACAGAACUGAGUAGGCAAGGUAAACGAAAUUGAAGCAAUAAGAUAUCCUCCACUAUGCUAAGCAAAACAGAACUGCCCCGAGAUUGAAGUAUUGUUAGCAAAAUGUAGUAUAUUCAAUUGAAAUAAACCAUACACCAGAAGGUGCCUGUUUUUAAAACGAAA